AUGGAAACAACGAAGACCGCCGCAAACCAGCCAAGGAAAGUUACAAAGCGAUCGUCUAACGCGUGCACACGCUGUCGCAGACAAAAGAUUAAAUGCUCCGGGCUGCAGCCGUGCGAGGGUUGUAGGAAGCGGAAGACGACAUGUGAUUUUGAUGAUAAAGAUGACAAGGUGGUGGUUACGAGGGCGUUUCUCUUGGACCUGCAACGAAGGGUAGAGCGCGCCAACCGACAGCCUUCGAAUGCAGGUGAGACUUCACAACCACUGCCUCACAACCAGUCGGCGGCCGACAGCGACGCAUCGGCACCGCCUCUGUCCGGCAUUGAGCAUGAAACCAAUCAAGAGCAAUAUGGGAGCCCAGAUAAUGACGACCUUACAUCAAUAGAGGGACAGAGAGCAAGCCAACCUCCAUUCACAAAUCCUCUCGCUGAGUCGCCAUCCACCUUCAUAGCAGCGUCAAACGGAAAACGGUUCUAUUUGGGCACCUCCUCCAAUUGGUCGUUCUCGAGAAAAGUCCUCCAGUUGGCCCAUCAAAAUGUCCAUCAGGCGCCACUGGCAUCGGAUGCUCUGCUUUUCGAUGGGCUGGCCUACGAUUUGGGCUGGCUUGGUUCUGAUGGAUCGGUCGCACCGGACAUGCUAGCCAUACCGACCCCCGAUCAUGCUAUAUAUCUCAUCAACGCCGUCAAAUUCCAUUGCGGCCAUAUGUUCCAUUUAUUUGAGAAUGACGAGUUUCACAUGCGGCUUCAUCAGUUCUACGCAGAUCCCGAGUCUACAACGACCACAACAGAUCUAUGGUACAUCCACUUCCUCCUCAUCUUGGCCUUUGGGAAGAUCUUUAUUAUGCAAAAGUCCGUGGGCAAAUGGCCAGCUGGUGCAGAAUUCUUCCGGAGGGCUUUGCAGCUCCUCCCUCCAGCACAUAUACUUUGCCAAGAUGCUGUGGUCGGCACCGAAAUCCUGUGCUGCAUAGCGUUGUACCUUCAAUGUAUUGACCAUCGUAACGCAGCACAUCUAUAUAUCGGCGACGCCAUGCGCACUGCGCUUUGCUACGGGAUGCAUACGGACAUGCCCGUCGCGCAACUCGGCGAGGAGCAUGUGCAGCGAUGCCGCAAGAUCUGGUGGACAGUGUACGUCCUCGACCGGCAGAUGACUUCACUAAUGGGGCUUCCUCAGUCUGUCCGAGACCAAGAUAUCUCGUGUCAGGUGCCUAUAUUCCAGGAAUCCAAUCAGCGAACGACCACCCUUGGAAUGCAUAUCCAGCUGGCCCGCGUUGUUACAGAAAUCAAUAAUAAUGUAUAUGGUAAUAAUGGCAGACUGAACCGAAAGUUUCUAAGCAGUACCAAAGAGUGCUUGGAGGUCCUCGCGCGCCUGGCGCCUGACCUGAGUCAGACAUUGCCAUUGAAAUUGGCUCAAGCCGGCCAUGGCGUAUCGAGAAUCUCGGCCUCGAUGCACCUGCUUUACCAUCAGUGUAUCGUGUUAGCUACGCGUCCAUCAAUAUUUUGCUUCCUAAAGAUGAAACUUGAGGUGUCAUCAUCCCGGACCAGCCCUGCACAACACAGUUUCGGCAAUAUCAAGAACGCGUGUCUAGAAUCCUCUCAGCAAAUUCUCAAUAUUUUAGAGAGCUUGGAGUCUCAGGGGCUUCUUGAAACAUUCCUUUCCUUGGACUUUGACUCUUUGUAUGUGUCAGCAGUCAUAUUGGUCAUUGCCCCAGUCAUUGACGAGAGCCAUACGGGUAAUCACAUCUCCUGGGUGCAGAGAUGUAUGGCUUUGUUUGACAGAUUGAUUGCAGCCGGCAAUCUGAUAGCUGCUUGGCGCAAGUCAGAAUUGCAACUGCUAUAUGAGAUGGUAAUACAAAUACUGCGCUCACACACGACAUUCGUGGACCCGCCAUCCCAGGCUACCCGCGCAGCGGCAUUACAAGUCACGGACCCUACAAUUUCUCUACCAGCAGACUCGAUCAUUCAGCCGUUCGCCAUGAAUAGCCUCGGUAAUGGUGACGAUAUAAUAGCGGAGCAGAUCAUGGCGAUUGCCAGUUCCAUUCAAGAUGAAGAUAUUGAAUGGAUGGAUGAUGCAAUAGUCGAAAACAGUAUCUGGUAA